GAAGACUCUGGGCGUCCCGUGGCUCGUUUUGUCCGUCAAGCCCCCCCGCCCUGCCCGGAGGAACCCCCACACUCCGCUUCCUGUUCCCACUUCCCUCUCGUCCUCCUGUCCCAGCGCCGUAGUCAGGCUUGGCUUAAUACCAGCCGAACAGAUGAAACUCCCCGGGGCUGCGCCUAUCCGGUCCUCCGCUUCUCCGUGUCAGUCAGGCUCCCUCGCGUCGCGUUGCCUUUAACUGCAGCUUGAUCUCGGGCCACGAGCAGCCCUUCGAGGUUCAGUCAGUGCUUCCAGGCUGUGGAGGGCGUCACGCCCUGCUGCCCACGCUGUUGAAGACACCACCCGUUGGACGUCUCUCUCCCAGCCUCUCACCCUUUGCUCCCUGGCUGCUGCUAGUCAAAGGCCAGGCAGCUCCGCGCCUCUGGAUUCUGUGGGGCAAGCUGGAGCUGCCCUUUUAGCGCCGCAGCGCCUAAUGCUUUUAUUGAAGCUGGCUUAAGUCAGGUCUUAAAUGGGAAAGAAACUUUGUGACCAAUGGCUGCCUCGAGACGAGUGACUACUUUCCGUCUACCACCUCUUCCAACAAUUGGAGAGAUUAUUAAAUUAUUUAAGCUUAGAGCUGAAAAACAGCUGUCCCAGAAUUUUCUUCUGGACCUGAGACUUUCAGAUAAAAUAGUGAGAAAUGCUGGCAACCUGAAAGGUGCCCAUGUAUGUGAGGUGGGCCCUGGGCCAGGAGGAAUCACAAGAUCCAUUCUGAAUUCUGGUGUGGCAGAACUCGUCUUAGUUGAGAAAGAUCCUCGGUUUAUUCCAGGGCUGCAGAUGCUCUCUGAGGCAGCUCCAGGAAAAGUUCGUAUUGUUCAUGGGGAUAUUUUGACAUAUAAACUUGAGAAAGUUUUUCCAAAACAUCUCAUGAAGAACUGGGAAGACGAUCCACCAGACAUACAUAUUAUUGGAAAUCUACCUUUCAGUGUUUCAACCCCUCUAAUAAUAAAGUGGCUUGAGAAUAUAUCCAAAAGAGAUGGGCCCUUUAGUUAUGGUAGGACACGGAUGACUCUGACCUUUCAAAAGGAAGUGGGAGAGAGACUGAUAGCUGCCACAGGAACCCGGCAACGUAGCAGACUUUCCAUUAUGUCUCAGUACUUGUGCACUGUUCACAAGUGUUUCAUGAUUCCAGGCCAAGCUUUCAUCCCAAAGCCAGAGGUGGAUGUGGCUGUUGUUCACUUUACACCAUUGGUACAGCCAAAGAUAGAACAGCCAUUUAAGCUGGUGGAAAAAGUUGUUCGAAGUGUGUUUCAAUUCAGAAGGAAACACUGCCAUCAUGGUAUACGGAUCUUAUUUCCAGAAGCUGAACGUUUGGAAAAAGCAGAACAGAUGCUCAUGUUGGCAGAUGUUGAUCCAACUCUACGCCCAACUCAGCUUUCAAUUUUUCACUUUAAAUGCCUUUGUGAUGUCUUUAGGAAAAUGUGUGAUGAAGACCCAAAGCUUCUUGCAUACAACUUCAGAGAAGAAUUGAGAGAAGGCAGAGGAAGCAAAGCAACUUUAAAAGGACUAACAGCUUGCUCUAGCUACUCUUCUAAAUUACCAGGCAAUAACUCUGACACAGACUAGAUAUCAGAAUACAUAUUGUCAAAUUUUCCUGGACAAAUGUAUGUGUGAAACUUGCUGAAGCGUGAAUUGCAGUGUGAGCACAAUUUUUUCAAUGGGCCAAUACAGGAUUAAUUCAUAUUUAA